AUGGAGGGCAGCAGUGGUGCGGACCAGCCCACGCAAAGGACCAAGCUGCGCGGGAGGGCUUUCUACGAAAGUAUAGGUAGCCCCAAGCUUGUGCUUGCGCCUAUGGUGGAGCAGUCAGAAUUCGCCUGGCGCAUGCUCUCACGCUCCUUCCUUCCUGCCUCGGAGCAGUCCAACCUCCUUGCGUACACGCCUAUGUUCCACUCCAAAAUGUUUCUCGAGGGCCCCAAGUACCGCGACUCGCAUUUCCAGCCGCUCAAGUCAGCCAUUCCUUCGCCUCCUGACGCAUACCAUAUCUCGCAGCUGCCUGACUCAGAGCGACAUCUCGACGGAAACCCGGCGUUCGACCGCCCGCUCACGGUGCAAUUCUGCUCCAACGACCCCGACGACCUGCUUGGCGCUGCGAAACACGUCGCUCCGUUCUGCGAUGCAGUCGAUCUCAACUUAGGAUGUCCGCAGGGUAUCGCGAGGAGAGGAAACUACGGGGCAUUCUUGCAGGAAACUCCAGAGUUGAUUGCAAGGAUGAUAAAGAAGUUGGACCAGGAGCUGGAUGUGCCCAUCACAGCCAAGUUCAGGAUUCUUGAGACGAAGGAGAAGACACUGGCAUACGCAAAGACGAUACUAGACGCUGGGGCGAACAUACUUACCGUACACGGCCGGCGGCGCGAACAAAAGGGACACAACACCGGAUUGGCAGAUUGGAAAAUGAUUCGUUAUCUAAGGGAGAAUCUGCCAAAGGAUACGGUCAUAUUCGCGAAUGGCAACAUCUUGCAGCAUGAUGAUAUUGCGAAGUGUCUGGAAGCGACGGGUGCCGACGGUGUUAUGACUGCUGAAGGAAACCUGUACGAUCCGACGAUAUUCGCGAAACCCCCUCCUGUAGGCGAGGAAGGCCGUGAAUACUGGCGUGGACGAGAUGGGAAGGGCGGUUACAGAGUCGAUGCCGUGUUCCGUCGUUACAUGGACAUCAUCCACAAGUAUGCGCUUGGGCAGGAACCACCAGCGCGUGGUCCGCUCUUCCAUCCCAAUGAUCCUGAAGAGCCGCCAUCGCCGCCGCGGGAUGAAGACGACGGACCACCACGCAAGAGACAAAAACAGAACAAGACCGAAAAAGGCCAACUGAAGAACCCGAAUCUCACGGCUAUGCAGGCACAUUUGUUCCAUCUCUUGCGCCCGCUCGUAUCACAGCAUCACAAUGUCAGGGACGCAUUGGCAAAGUGUCGGAUGGGCGACAUCGAUGCCUACGAGAACGUGCUCAAACUCACGGAGAAAGCUGUCAAGGAGGGCAUUCAAGCUUACGAACGGGAGCACGCCAAUGGGCAAAUUACAAAUGGCGCAGACACCAGCAAAGCCGAGUCUGCACCCGAAAACGCACAAGAUGCCCCCCAGCAGGAAGAGCUAGACCCAUACGAGUCCUCGCUCGCCACUGUCGCCCGAUGCAAACGUCCCUUCUGGGUGUGUCAGCCUUAUGUGCGCCCGCUUCCGAAAGAGGCUAUUGAGAAGGGAUCAAUGCAGCUCAGCAAGAAGGAAAAGAAGAGGCUGGAGGAUGAAGAGGCGGCGGCUAAGGCGGUCGGGUUACAGCCAGAGGGCAGGAUUGAGAAGGAGCCCUUGGAGAAGACAACGGCAAACGGACACACGGCUGAAGGGGUGCCAGCCCCGGUUGGAGAAACGCAGCAGGAGGAGGUUGAGAUACCGAAGGAGGGCGUGGUGUGUGGAUGA